UUUUAUGUAAGUGAGUAAUGAUUAUUAAAAUUACUACACUAAGAGUUAAAACAUGUCGACGUAACAACAUAGAUUCCUGUAAUUGCUAACCUAAAACCACAGAGUGACUCAAACAUAACCCCAAAAUUUUUAAAUCAAAAAUGGAUUCAACAAGUCAGUUGAAAAAAAUCGAAAGAAAGCUGAGAAAACUCCACCAUGUCGUGUUUAAAGAAACGGGCGUGACAUGCGUCUCAACUCCCACUAAAAUUUUAGCAAUAUGCAAUGCGGGCUUGGCGAACGGAUUGGCGGAGGAGACGGUGGUUGAACAUUUCCAAAAAUACGGGAUAAUAGAUCGAAUAUUGCUGGUCCCUGGAAAGUCGUGUGCCUUUUUGUCGUAUACGGACGAAAAGUCUGCGAUAGAUGCGUACGAAAAAUGUAAUGGCAAAUUGAACAUCGCACAAGAUGAACGCCCUGUAUAUUUAAGUUAUGUUGAGAGUCUGGCGUUAAUACAAGAGGACAAGUCUUGGAACGUAUUUCCUGAGGGUUUAAUAAUUUUGGAAGACUAUAUAACUGAACAACAGGAACAAGAACUGUUAAAUUUAUGCAGCUUUGACAGUAAUACUUCCAGUAUGAAACAUAGACAAGUCCAACAUUUUGGCUAUGAAUUUAGAUAUGAUAUAAACAAUGUUGACAAAAACAAACCUUUAGAAACAGAUGUACCAGAUUGUUGUAAUUUUUUAUGGGAUAAACUAAAAAGCACAGAUUUACAUUGCAAAAAUUUCCAUCCAGAUCAAUUAACAGUAAAUCACUAUUUGCCAGGUCAGGGAAUCCCACAUCAUGUUGACACUCACAGUGCCUUUGAGGAUCCUAUCAUGUCUUUAUCUUUGAAUUCUUCUGUAAUUAUGGAUUUCAAGUCUAACAGUAAACAUUACUGUGUGCUUUUGCCAAGAAGAUCUUUGGCAAUUAUGUCUGGUGAAAGUAGGUACAACUGGACGCACGGUAUAACGCCCAGAAAAUACGACAUUAUUAAAACCGACAACGGUUUUAACACUCUACAAAGACAAACCAGAGUGUCUUUUACAUUCAGGAAGGUUUUACAAGGUGAAUGUUCCUGUAUAUAUCAUGAGAAAUGUGAUUCCUACAAAAAGAGUCAAAUUAAAGAAGAUUUGGAGGAGAUAGUCGCCACCCAAUUGGAAAAAACGCACGUUUAUGAUGUGUACGAGAAUAUUGCCAGCCAUUUUAGUGAUACAAGGCACAAACCAUGGCCCAAUGUUUUAGAAUUUGUUCAGUCUUUGGAUUAUGGGUGUGUUUUAGUAGAUAUUGGCUGUGGAAAUGGGAAAUAUUUAGGCCACAAUAAGAAAAUUUUUGAGAUAGGAUGUGAUAGAAGUUUUGCUUUAAUUGAUGUUUGUCAUGAAAGGAACUUUAACGUUUUCAAUGCGAACUGUUUAAACGUUCCUUUACGUGAUAAUUUUGCGGAUGCUGUGAUAAGCAUUGCUGUCAUUCAUCACUUGGGAAACGAAGAAAGACGUUUAAUGGCAAUAAAAGAAAUGAUCAGAAUAUUAAAGCCAGGAGGAAAAGUUUUAAUUUACGUGUGGGCGAAGGACCAACAUAAAGAUAAACAAAAAACCAGUUACAUAAAACAGGAUAGAAAAAACAGAAAAGGUGAUAGUAUUGUUGAUAUUACGCGAGAGCAACAAAUAAACGUCGGAGAGAAUGUUAAACUGCCCGUUCAUACGAACAGAACUCAGUUCAAACAUAAAGAUUUGUUAGUGCCUUGGAAAUUGAAGAAUGGGGAUGAAAACGAACAGAAUACAUUCUUGAGGUUUUACCAUGUGUUUGAUGAGGGGGAACUGGAGGCUUUGUGUCAGAAAUUAAACAAUAUUAAAGUUGUUCACAGUUAUUAUGAUCAGGGGAAUUGGUGCGUUGUUUUACAAAAAAUAAAUAAAUAAAAAUG